CAACGACAGCAGCUGCCAUCCAACUGUAUAACCGCCUGUCCUGCUCAUACCAGGAUCAUUUUUCUCUCGAAUCGUCGAUCUCGCAAGAUCACGAAACUAUCACCCUCACCCUCUCCCGUCUCUCGUGUGCAGCAUCUGCUCUUCGGAACAUCAUCCAAUGGCUCCGCCCUCUUUCGCAUCAGCCGCCGCUGGCAAUGGCACCCUCAACAGCAAUCACUCCACACGCGACGCUGCGAGCGAACGAUUACACCGAACGAACGGCGCGACGCAGACCUUCCGGCGACCUUCAGGUGCGACCAAUGGCCUCCCUUCCACAACACAGCCUCCCGGCUCCAUCGCGCAACCUCCUCGCUAUGUUCCUCCCUUCCGCACCAAUGGCUCGGGAGACAGUAAGAGAUACACCAAGGAAGACAUGUACGCGAUCUUUGAGCAGCAGCAGAGCAAGGAGGGUGGACUCAGUGACGGACUGUCUGCGCAUCUGGUGGGUGGCUGGCAGCCCGAUAUCCCCAAUGGCUCUUCUGCAUCGUGGGGCAGAAACGAUAGCCUUCGCGAUGCGCCGCCUGGCCCUGAAAUGGCCUGGGACAGAGAGGGCACUGGAGAACCGCUUGGACUUUCAGACAUGGAUGAUGACGAGCGCGAGCUCUUCGCCACCUCUGUGAAUACCCCCAUCAAGCCUGCUAACAAAGAUGGCCAGCAGGUCAAUGGUGGCCAAGGACGAAAAAUCAGCAUCUCUAACGGUGUCACUACUCCCGGCGCGUUUGGGCUCCCUUCACCGAGCGUGGCUCGAGGUGGUGGACGACGCCGGGAGGCAAGUGAGUCAUAUCCAUUCCCUCAAGGUGUCUCGUCUCCAGGAGGUCAUGUCGAUCAACGGGCUCCUUCGCCGCCCGCGGCGCUUCUACGGCGCAGAACUGAACAGAAUCUCAUGAAAGUUGAUGACAAGGAUGGCGAUGAGAAAGGCGUGUCUUCGCCAUACGGCACUGUGAGACGUAACCCCACUGGACCUCUUUCUGCUGGAUUUGCUCCCCCGUCUUCCCCUUGGUCUACCGGCCCAGGGCCUCAAAGUGCAGGCUUCGCUCCCAUGGGCUCCUUUGGGAGCUUUGGAAUGGGCAGUAAUGCCGCGCAGCAAGCUGCGUCUGGCACUAAGGCAGGCGUAGGUUUGGCUGGCGGAAGGUCUGAAAGCCGAUUCAAGAGUGUUCUGGGCAAGGACAGUGGUGAGGACGGCGGCGGGAGGACCCUUGAAGCUAAACCUAGCAUAUCUGGACUGGCCCGGGUGAAUGAGAACGACGCAUGGCGUGCACAAGAACGUACCGAGCACGGAAACGACUCUCUGGACGAAGCUGAAGAGAACCUGCCCACUGGAAGUGCUGCGCUAGCUGCAGACGAAGACGCGAGUCCUCCUCACCCCAGGCAAGGAUACCAGAGCUUUGGCACGCCCAGUCGCCAGGGCGCCCAAGGAGAUAUCGGUUUCGGAGCGUUUGGAAUGACUUCUGACAACACGCACGGUUUUGGCCCGGGCUAUGCUGCGCGCGAAGGAUUCCAGCAGACACCAGCGCACCAGCGCAUAGGAUUGCAACACGCCGGUGGCCACGAACCGAUGAGCCCGACCGAUACUAAUCCGUACAAGUCCCCUGACCAGCACGGAGGUGAUCGCAUGGGCGAGUCGAACGGACAUGAGAACAGUGAUGUUCUCAACAGUCACCUCCCUGGGCUCGGCCAGUUCGGCAACGACUCAGCGCAACAGCAGCUUGGCGGUUUGGGCGGACUUGCGGGAUUGCCGAACCUGGGACGAACACAUGGCCAAGGUCCAGCAAGCGACAGGAGCCAGACAUCCAGCGUUGGUCCGCAGCGUGUCUUCUCUGGUGGUUUGAGUGGACUCGGUCAGCUGGGGACUCUUCCCGGCGCUUCGGCUUGGCCAGUCUCGCAAGGGGGAUUAGGUACUCCUGGAAGGCAGACGUCCGGCCUGACAAACGCGUUUGGGGGAGGCAUCUUCUCCAAUCCACUGGCCGAUAUGCAAUCGUCUGGGCUGGCAGGACUGGGCGGGUUUGGCCCGCAGGGCGUGCCGUAUGGCGGCAGUCGAAUGGCUAGCAUGUUCCCAUCCCAAAUGCAAGAUCAGUUGCGCCACAGUGAAGGUCAUCAUGAUCGCGAGGGUAGCCACGACCGGCCGGUUCAGCCAUUUGGUGGAAUGGGUGAUUUGAGCAGGUCAGCUGAAAGCCCGUUUGCAAACCAAGGCUUUAACGACAAUCAGACUGGCAAACUCCAACACGAUUCGGCCGAUCUUCACCAUCAACAGAGCCAACAACAUUUGCACGAACAGUCUCAGCAACAAGCCCUCAACCAGCCCCUAGGCAGCUCGGCUUCGAACCAGCCUCCAGCACCACAGCAGCGCACAAUGGUCAUGCCUGAUCGCAUGCGAUGGAUCUAUCGGGACCCUCAAGGUCAAACGCAGGGACCGUGGUCGGGCUUGGAGAUGCAUGAUUGGUACAAGGCAGGCUUCUUCUCUCCUGAACUCUUGGUCAAGAAGUACGAGGAUCAGGACUACGAACCGCUGGCUCAGCUUAUCAGGCGCAUUGGCAACUCUCGUGAGCCAUUCCUUGUGCCGCAAAUAGGAAUUCCACAUGGAUCGGCCACUCAGACGGGGCCAAAUGCAUGGGCUGGCGCAAUUGGAGGUGCUGCUGGCGUCGGUGGUGGUAGUGCUGCGCCGGGAAAUGCCCAGCCUCCUUUCGCAUCGAGCUUCCCUAGCUUUGGCACGACUUUAACGGCCGAGCAACAGAACGCGCUCGAGCGUAGGAAACAAGAAGAGCAGUAUCUGAUGGCUCGACAGAAAGAGCACCUUGCGCAAGCCCAAAUUCAGCAACGCAUGCAGCUUGGAGGACCUCACGGUGGCAUGGGCCUUCCUAGUCAGCUUCAUCAUCACAGCAGUGCGCACAGUCUGCAAUCGCAACCAAGCUUCGGGAGCAUUCAAAGUCCGCCAAACUACCAACAAAGCCCUAGUCAGGGCCCAACAACAGGCGCUCCCAGCGCCCAAGGUUUCUUCGACAACACGUUCCAUCGACCGGCAGGCAGUGCACUCGGCGCAGUGGGCGCGCCUUCGCUGGGCCACAUUCGCGAGGAAGAAAUCCCAGGCAUUAUGGAUCGCCUGAGUAUGACAGAGAACCGCCAACAACCUGGUCAGUUUGGUGCACCAGGACAGCCGUUCGCCGGCCAGCAGCAACCACCAGAGCAGCAUGAGGGCAAGAUCCAGCAGAUGUACGAAGACCGCGCGAGACUACAACAAGAACAGGCCGAGCGCGAUGGCAAACAAGACGCAAACGAGAAUGAGCAAGCUCAAGCAACACAGGCACGUCUGGAGCAAUUCCAGCAGCUUCAAGGUCAAGCUCUGCAGCAGUCGGCAAAACAAGCUCGUGCUCAGGCAACAGCACAGCACGUCCAGGCCGUUGACGAGUCCGCCGCCACAGAGAGCAGUGUUGGCUCACCAAUAGCGCAAGCACGCGCAUCACACCAUCAGCCUCAGGAGCCUCUGUCUCUCACGGAGCAGGUGCAGAAGGCCGCUUCAGCCAAACAAUCUCCUGCUCCACAGCAGCCUGGUCUGCCGCAGCCGUUCCCUCCUGCGCCUUCGCAGUCUCCACUUCCAGCCCCAGCUGCGCAACGUGCUGGUCGGCAGAGUGUGGCAGAUCAGUUGCAGAGCGAGUCGCGUGGUCCCUCUCAAUCGCCCUCUGUUGAUACUCCUAGCGCCACCGUCGCACCGUGGGCCAAAGAACCAGCCGAAGCACCCAAAGGUCCCUCCUUGCGUGAGAUCCAAGAAGCAGAAGCCAAGCAGGCUGAACAGGCGGAGGCCCUUGCCAUCGCUGCUCGUCGUGCCGCUUUCCAGAAGGAGAUGGAGGCACAGGCACAAGUCGUUGCCCCUGCUCCUGGGAUCCCAAUGUCAGCUACAUGGGGCGCUCCAUCCCCUGCUACGCCUACUGGCGGAGCUCCCGCGGCCUGGGCCAAGACUGCUCAGAAGCCAAGUGGUUCAUCAGCUUCCAAGACACUCGCGCAGAUUCAGAAGGAAGAGGAGUCACGCAAGCGCAGGAAUGCUGCCCAAGCACAGCAACAAGCUGCUUUGGCUAACGCCAUGUCCGUUGUCUCUGCGCCAGCUGGUGGCAAGAGCUACGCGAACCUCGCCAGUAAGGUCAACGCCCAGCUGCCGCAAAUCAGCACUGGCAGCAGUGCCUGGACUACCGUCGGUGCUAGUGGCAAAGUCAAGACUCCAGCGCCCGUUAUCCCCAGUGUACGUACUGCCAGCUCCAGUACUGUACCUACCGUGCUGCCCGCAGUCGUAGCGUCGAGGAGGCAACCUGCCAGAAGCACAACGGCGGGAGCAGCUGCUGUCAACGCUCAAGAUGAGUUCAAGAAGUGGGCCAUCAACGACCUUCGUCCUGACCUAGCCAAGGGCAUCAGUGUGGAGGAGUUCGUCUCCAGCCUCAUGAGUCUUCCUCCCGACAAUGAUAUCAUCACCGAAGCUGUUCACGCAGUGUCCUCUACGAUCGAUUCUCGCCACUUCGCCGAGGAGUUCAUCCGUCGCAAGCGUCUCGCUGACAAGGGUCUCGUCGAUACUGCUGUGCCCAAGAGCGCUAGUCCCGCGAAUGGCGCGAGUGGCUGGAGUGAAGUCGCCAAGAAGACUACCGGCAAGGAAACACCAAAGGACGACCUCAGCGGCUUUGCUGUCAAGCAGACCAAGAAGAGAGGUGGACGUAAGUAGAUUGUGCCACUCUCAGGGAUCCAUCCAAUGGAGCGAGUGUAGCUGGAGGAGGGGCAUAUUGCGAAAACAAGUGGUGGGCUUAGAUGAGGCUGAACAGCUGUGAGAUGGAUACGAUGGUAUGCACAAUCAUUAUCUGUUGGGAGGCAAACGCAUGCGUAUUGCACGAGCGGCCUAGCAGCACCAUCAUUAUCAGGUACCAUUGAAGCAAGCAACCAUU